AUGCUGACACCACACCAAAGCCUCUCCAUCGCCUUGAUAGUCUUCUAUGCCCCGUCUCUCGCCCCGACAUCCUUCCUCCUGCACAAACACAGCAUCGGCAAAGCAUGGGGCUGGCUGUACCUCUUCGUCUUUGCAAUUCUGCGAGUCACCGGCGCAGCUCUCCAAUUCGCCUCAGAAGCCAGCGACAGUAACGGCCUACGAGUGGCCGCCGCUACACUCGCGUCCAUCGGCGUCAUGACCCUCCUACUCGGCAUGCUAGAGAUUAUCGAGAACGUAAAAUCAACAUUCCCGUCUGACCCAAUCCACCCGCGCGUUUGGACACUCCUGCAUCUAUCACAAUACGCGGCCUUCAUCCUCAGCGUGAUCUCCUCCUUCACCAGCGGGGACGACCUCAGCUACGCCGCAACCAUAAUCGUAACCACCCUCUUCGCCGUCCAAGUUAUAAUCUGCAUCAUCUUCUACAUCCAACAUCGCUCAGAUACGCCGAACGAGAAACUAGACUGGAAGCAGGGUCUAGAUGCAACAACCCUUCUCCGUCUGGCGCUGUGCAGCGCGCCCUUCCUCGCUGUUCGAGUCGUGUACAUGCUCCUGUCGACAUUCGCAAGCACACCCGCAUUUAAAGGCAGAGAUCUAGAUGGUGACGGGACUCCUGCUAAUGUGUAUGUCCUUGCAUUUAUGCAGUACAUGAUGGAGCUUGGUGCCUUUGCGCUAUUUGUAUACGCGGGGUUUCUCAUGCCGUCUCUGCGAAGGGCAAGGAGGGUUAACAAGGAGAGAGAGCAUGAAGAUAGGAUUCAACGAUUGACGAACCAGAGAUAG